CUGCUCUGUGAGAUAUAUGAAUCACUAAGAGCACAACUCACUCAGAAUUCAGCAACAACACAAUGGAUCUUCAUUCUUCAAUCAUAUUCUUAUUCAUUCUAAUCAUCACAACAUUUCCUAAUAGUACUAAUUCAAUCUCCUUUGACUUCCCGGAAUUCUCAAGUAAUGAUCGAAGAAUAAAUUUCAAAGGAGAUUCGGUAGUAGCUGGUAACACCAUCCAACUAACCAGGAGUUCAGCCGGCUACAGUCUUGCACAUAGUGUUGGCCGUGCUACAUAUACAGAACCUAUACAGCUUUGGAAUUCAACAACCGGAAGGUUGGCCGGUUUCAGCACACACUUCUCUUUCACCAUUAUAGGUCUAAAUAGUACUUCUUAUGGUGAUGGCAUCACUUUCUUUCUAUCCAGCGACGCAUCUUCCGAUCCUCCUCCAAGCUCUUCUGAUUAUGGAGGUCUUGCACUGUUCAGCACCGGUAAACCAGGAAAUACAUCGGAAAGUAAUACAGUUGCAGUUGAGUUUGACACGUUCAAGAACACAUGGGAUCCAAGUGCAGAUCAUGUCGGUAUUAACGUUAACUCGAUUGUAUCCGUGGCGAACGUGUCGUUAGAAAAAAAUAGUAUGAAGGAUGGAAGAACUGCUAAUGCUUGGGUAACUUAUAAUUCGAAUACAAAAAAUCUAAGUGUUUAUCUUACUUAUGAUAGUGAUCCUGUUUUUCAAGAGCAACAUCCUAUUUUGUUUCACAUUGUUGAUCUAAGCAAGGUUCUACCCAGACAGAUAAUGGUUGGAUUUUCAGCUUCCAUGGGAAGCGGAGUCGAAAUCCAUAAAAUUCAUUCCUGGCAAUUCAAUUCCACGUUUGAUGGCGCUGAUACACAGAGAAUGUUCCAGGGAGAUUCAAGCUUACCCAGUAGAGCUUCAGACUACAGUGGAAGACGAAGAAAUUUCUGGUUGGGUCUUAUCAUUGGUGGGGGUGUUUUAAGUUGUGGGCUUGUAUUUGCUAUCUGGUUAAACUUUAAGAUUAAUGAUCAAUUCAAGAAAACAAAUUCUUAUCAGAGAACGAAUACAAAUUGCGAAAUGGACGAUGAAUUUGAGAAAGGAACUGGACCAAAGAGGUUUUCAUCUAGCGAACUGGCUUUUGCAACUAGUAAUUUUAAUGAGGAAGAAAAACUUGGGCAAGGAGGAUUUGGAGGAGUUUACAAAGGGAUGUUGAGUGAUAGAUUUGUGGCAGUUAAGAGGAUUUCGAAAGGAUCACAACAAGGAAAAAAAGAGUACCAAUCAGAAGUUAAGGUUAUUAGCCAGUUGCGGCAUAGAAAUCUGGUUCAACUUAUCGGUUGGUGCCAUGAAAAGAAUGAAUUGAUUCUCGUGUAUGAGUUCAUGCCAAACCGGAGUCUCGAUAAGCAUCUAUAUCAAGGGAGAAACUAUGUUCUGAAUUGGCAAGUUAGGUACAAAAUAGCUCUUGGGUUGGCUUCUGCAUUGGUAUAUCUACAUGAAGAAUGGGAACAAUGUGUAGUUCACAGAGAUAUUAAAUCAAGUAAUAUAAUGUUGGAUUCUGAUUUUAAUGCUAAACUCGGGGAUUUCGGUUUAGCGAGGCUUGUUGAUCAUGGGAAAGGAUCAAAAACAACAGUCAUAGCCGGAACCAAGGGUUACUUAGCACCUGAAUGUAUGACUACUGGUAAAUCAAGUACAGAAUCUGAUGUUUAUAGUUUCGGAAUUGUUGCACUUGAGAUUGCUUGCGGGAGGAAGCCGGUUCAGUCAACUGGAGAACUGUUAUCGGAGUGGGUUUGGGAUCUCUAUGGAAGAGGCGAGCUUCUUGAAGCAGCUGAUAAAAAGUUAAGAAAUCAAUAUAAUGAGUCGGAAAUGGAACAGUUACUGGUUGUAGGAUUAUGGUGUACUCUUCCCGAUUCUACAUCAAGACCUUCAGCCACUCAAGUGAUUAAUGUUCUUAAGUUUGGAUCCUCAUUGCCUGAUCUUCUACCCAUGUUACCGAGGAUUUCAGGAAUGCGUCAUGUUCCGUCUAUGGCUGGGUUUACCAAUACACUGGUGGGACGAUAGCGUGUAACGAUGUAGCAAUGUAGAUGUGAUUUCCUGUAAUUUUUCUGAAUAUAUUUGAAGUGAUAUAGUAAUAUUAUGUUUGCAGUUUCUUCAAAUAU